UUCCUUUACCAUCUGCCAUAACCAAGAUGCCUUUCUCCAGAUUUGCCUCCUUUCUGUGCCUGCUAUCCUUUUUGCUCCUUCUCAAUAAUGCAGUUGGAGUUGACCCUCUCUUCCAUUUCUGUACUGGCUCUGAGAAGUUCAUUGACAAUGGCCCAUACGAAACCAACUUGAACAAACUCAUGGAUUCUCUCCAAAUCCUAGCUCCUCCCACAGGUUUUGGAAAAGCUUCAGUUGGUUUGAACGCUGACCGAUCAAAUGGGCUUGCUCUCUGUAGACCUGAUGUCUCAAACACAGACUGCAAAGCCUGUGUCACUGAGGCAAGCACCGAAAUUCUCAAACGCUGUCCAGACUACAAAGCAGCAAUCAUAUGGUAUGAUAAUUGCCUUUUGAAAUACUCCAACAUGGAUUUCUUUGGCCAAGUUGACCACCAAAAGUUCUACAGUUUCAAUGAGAAAAAUGUAAGCAAUCCAGCAUCAUUUAAUCAGAAAACAAGGGAGCUGCUAAGCCGCCUAGUAGAAGAAGCUUUUGUAGCCCCAAAUAUGUAUGCAACUGGAGAAGUGGACCUUGAAGAGUCCAAGAAACUAUAUGGAUUGGUUCAAUGCACCAGGGACCUUUCAACCAUUGAUUGUAAACAGUGUCUUGAUGAUGCAGUAAGUGAAGUACCAAACUGUUGUGAUGGGAAGGAAGGAGGUAGGGUUGCCACUGGGAGUUGCAACAUAAGAUAUGAGACUUACCCCUUUGUGAAAUCUUAGAAUUUCCUCUAGGAUUUAUGGACUAAAUUAUAUUAACAUUAAUAAUUAAAUGAAGUGUUGCAUUUAGAUAAUUUAAGUGUUUAUUUUUGUGAUAUUUGUACUAUUUUUGUUCAGAUGAGGAGCAUGCUUCAUUUCAAUUAUCUGGUAUGGAUUCAUAAUAAAUUUGCAUGCUUCUCGUCAAGUUAUGUGUUGUAAAAACUUUCCCUACAAAUAAAUAUUAACCUUUUCCUUUGUUCAAGAGAAAAA